AUGACUGAAAUUCUGAACAAUCCCACAAUUGAAGAGCAUGAAGAUGGGGAAAUCACCGAUGACGAAGAUGAUCGAGUUCAAUCGCCUACAGUAUCGAAGGAAGAAGACAUUUUUAAUGAGAAUGAAGAAUCAGACGAUGAAUCCCCCGAUGAAAUACUCAACUCUUAUGCGAAAAAAGCAGAAGAAAUUCGUCUUCAGCAACAAAACGAACCAGCAAUCGAUCCAAAAUUGUGUCAUAUAUGUAGGAAAAAUGAGCAUAAAUACAGAUGCCCGCGCUGCGAUUUACGAUCAUGCUCACUCGAAUGCUCAAAGCGGCACAAAAUUGAAAGAGAUUGCGAUGGGGUUCGGCAACCGUUUACAAAGGUUGAAAAGUUGUCUGAAUAUGAUCCACAGAAAUCAAUUGAUGAUCAAAAAUUCAUGCACACUGUAAAAGAGAAAAUUGGUCUCGAUGCAGAUAAGGCAAAUCAGUCGCAAAACAUCGAAGGAAGUUCAUCUAAUAUCGAUCAAGACCCAAAUGCACUGAGACAAAAUGCAAAUUCCGGCAUUGAACGAUAUCUUCUAAAUGCUGCUCGUUUCCGACAUAUUUGGCUUGGAUUUUCCAAUAAUUGCAAUAAUAACAAUGAGAGUCGACACGAGCAGUUUUCGGAUACAAUCUUCUGGACAUUGACGCUCAUUUUCCGCAAACAAACUGUUGACGGAUUGACUGUUGACUAUGAAAAACGAAUUUGUAGCAUUCCUGAGACAAUUAGAUUGAUUACUGUUUUGAAGCAGUUUUUCAAGCCAAGAAAAGUUGGUUGCAUUGUUUCGGAAAGCGAACUUGAUCUCGAGAAAUUGGCACCAUUUAUUGAAAGAGGAAUGGAAAGAAUCAAUGUGUUCUUGGAGGUUCAUGGAAUUGAAAACAAAUAUUAUGGAGUAAUUCCCGAUCAAACAAUUCUCCAAAACACGCGCAAUCGAGUUAUUGCCGAUCACCCGAAAUUUGUCAUCACACUUGACGAUGAGUUUACAGAUAUUGAGCUAAUAAGUGCUGAAGAAUCAGAGAAAUUGAGCUCAAAAUUCGGAGGUAUUGCAAAUGGAAACGAUAGAUUCAAUGGAAAUCGAAGAGGUGGUCGAGGAGAAUUCAGAAGAGGGGGUGGAAGAGGUGGUCAUGGCAGACAGAAUUUUGGAUUGAAACGCCCAAAUAAUGGAGGCCAUGGGGAUCAGCCAUGGAAGCGAACGCGUGGUGGUGGAAAUGGCGGGUUCCAACAUCUGAUGGAUCAACCAUCCACAUCAAAUGGGAAGAUUUCCAAAGACAUUGACGAUGAAUAUCUUCAAUCUGAAGCCAACAAAUUUUUGAACGAUGAUUCGGAAGUAAUUGGAGCUGAUCCAAGUCUAUGUGACGCGAUGAAUCGAUUCAUGAGAAAUGAAAUCGAUUACGACGAAUUUAUGCGAAUUACUGGAGGAAAAACGUUGGAAGAAGAAAUCGAGAACAAUGACGAAUCAAUUGAAGAUGAAGCAGAAGAGGAUGUUUAUGAGGAAGUGGAAGAAGUUUUUAAUGAGGAAGAGGUUGAAGAUCAAAAUGAUUAUACAGUUCAACCUGAAAAUGAUGAAAAACAAAAAGAAGUUAAAGAAAGAAUUCUUUGUUUGCCUGAAGAAGCUCGAUCGCUAAUGGGAGAGGUUAUUAUCAGGGAAGAAGAAGCACCGAUGACGAUAGCGGAAGUUUUGGCAUCGCAAAUAUCUUGUCCUGAACCAACCCCGCCAAUCGAACCUGUUCCAAAAUUGAACUCUCUGGCUUAUGGUCUACUUUCUACUAUUAUGGAAAACACAGGAGAUCUACAAAAAUCUGUGCAGUUUGGUCUCCUCGAAGCACAUUUAAAUUCAAAAACCGGACCCGAAGAAUGGAUUCAUUUGGGAGAUAAAUGCGGGGAAUUGAAUAUGCUGGAAGAAGCUGCUAGUUGCUACGAUAAAGCUAUACGUCUCAAUCAAGAGAAUUGGGAGUUCUAUGACAAGCGUAUUCGUGCACUUGAUAAACUCGAUAUGCGAUCUAUGGCUAUGAAAGUACGACUUCAAGCUGUCCAACAUAUCAACGUUGAAAUAUCAAAAGUUUCUUUUGAAUGGUUUCAAGAAAUGAUCCGGAUUAUAGCACAUUAUUACAUUACCAUCAAUGACGAAGAAAAGACGGCCAUGGCACUGGAAGCUUAUAUAUUAAGAAGUCGAGAAUAUCACAAAGAUUCUCGACAACAGCAAGAAACCUUGACAACAACGUUGCUGAAAAAAAAUAAGUUUACCCAUGCUGCGCAAGUAAUUGUUGCAUUGAACGGUGGAAUCAAAAUGACCAGUCGGGAGACAGGCGAAUGUCCAUUUCAAAUUUUGUAUAACAACGGAACUUAUUCGGUUUUCCCAUUUCCACCGAAUGAUCCUGUUGAGAUCCAAAUUGAUGAACAAUUAUUUUUCAUAACUCUUCACGUUAAUUUGAUAAUCUCGUUUCUUCACAUGGAAAAAGAAAAUAUUUCCGUGGAUUUGUGGAAUCUAUUGCUGGAAAGAGAUUUGUCGGAUGAUUCGAUUGAAAAUUGCAUACUGGACAUUCCACGAGCAAGUAAAGCGCUUGGAAAUUUUAAUCAAACGUUGAAAUUCCUUGACGAUUUGUAUCGAUCAAAUUUCCCACUUGAAGAGUCUGCUGAGUAUUUUUAUCUGAAAGGAACUGCUUUAAUGGCGUUGAAGAAAGAUAAUGAAGCGAUGGAAGCUUUAGAAAAAGUUAUUUCGAUAAAGCCUGAUCAUGUAGACAGUAGAAUCAAUUUAUCAUCCCUGCAGCAGAAGCAUGGAAUGUGCGAAGAAGCGCUGAUGACAUUAGACAAUUUCGACCUGGAUUUAUCGUCGCAGUUGCCUGAUGAGCGGCUUUUGGAAAGACGUUGUGAAAUAUUGUUUCAGUCUGGCAAACAUGAGCAGUUCAUUAAGGAUGCCAAAAUGCUUCUGGUUCCCAACUUUUAUGAAAUUUACACCAACAAUAUCGGUAAAAAGCGCAGAGCCACGAAAGACGGCGGCCCACCAUUGAGCACAACUUUAAGAUCAACUGCUCUCGCUGCUGUCUGCAAUACAAGCUGGGAGAGAUUGGUGAAAAAGAAUGGACAAAUAAUUUCGCAAAAUAAUUCGUAUCAUUUCCUGUCGCCGGUAGAUUUGCAUGAUUAUUGUUUGAAGUUGAUGGAGGCUUAUAUAGCUAGAGGAAAGUAUAAUGAUGCGCUUAUUGUGUGUUGCUAUGCGUUUUUACAUUCACAAAUGGCCAAAGAGGACAGGGCUAAAACAUUUCGAUUCGCUUUGUUCUUUUGUGCGAUCAAGGCUAAAAAUUAUGCAUUGGCUUUUGAAUUCACGAGAUGGUUCUAUUCGCAUGUUACGGUAAGAAACAACGAAUCGUCCAAUCAAAUGGAGCCGAUUGUUCGGGAUAUAAUGUACAAGCGAAUUUUCAACGCAAUGAACUUCGUUUUCGCCAACUCGCAGAAUAUCUCAUACCAUCGUUUCAUUAUGAGAGCGCUUGUUAAGAGCAAGGAUAAUCAUGCUCUACAAGCGAUAUCAGGAAAUAAUUCUUUAAUUACGGGAACAUAUCGCCACGCUUUAGGCGAAUAUUUGAGAGUAUGGGUUAGCAAUCGAAAGAAUCCACUAAUCUGCUUACUUUUGGCACUGACUUUUAUCCAUAUGUCAUGCAAAAAGGAUUUGUCGGGUCGUCAUAUCGUUUGUUUAAAGGGUUUCGCAUUCAUGAAAAAAUAUCAAAAUGCACGAUCGGUUUCUCAUGAGGUAAAUUACAAUUUGGCGAGGAUGUUCCAUCAGCUCUCGAUGCUCCCAUUAGCAAUGCAUUUCUAUAAAAAGGUCUUGCAAGAUCAGCCGCCACAUGUAUACGAGUAUGACGAUGAAGGAAAUGAAAUAUGUGUGCCUAGUGAGAGAUAUGAUCUUCGUAGAUUGGCAGCACACAAUUUGGCUUUGAUUUAUCGUAGCUCGGGUAAUGAUUACGCUGUGCGAGAGCUUUACGAGAAAUAUUUGAUGUUUGUUUUAUCAUUACUGCAUGAUACGGUUGCCAUAAAACCGCAUGAGCUAGGAAAGUCACAAACUACGAUUAUCAAAAAGCGUCUUAAUCAGAGGCUUGCUAAUAUGGUUGUUCCGGACCUUGGACUGUGCAUUUGUGUCUAUGAUAUUACAGAAAUUGGCGAUUCUUAUAUUCUACCAGGUGAAGGAAAUUGUAGAGUUCGUGUUACGUUUCGCAUGAUCGUUUUUCGUCCUUUUAAAGAUGAAGUGAUAGAAGGAAAAGUGAUUGGAUCGUCGAAAUUAGGAUUGACACUUUCAUUGGAAUUCUUUGAAGACAUUUUUGUGCCUGCUGAGAAACUUCCAGAACCACAUGUGUUCGAAGAGGAUGGACAGGUCUGGUAUUGGGAGUAUCCGACGGAAGACGGUGAGCCACCAGCGAAAUUAUACAUGGAUCCAGGAAAAGUUGUGAGAUUCAAGACGAUUGAUGUUAUCUUCAAAGAUUUGAAGCCAGAUUUGACUGCGGAAGAAUUAAAAAAUGAAAAAUCGAUGGAAGUCAUUGGAACAAUGGCAGGAACUGGUCUUGGAUGCGUUGGAUGGUGGGCGGCAGAAGAGGAAGAAGAAGAAGCCGAGGACGAAGAAAUGGAAGAAACUCAAGAACGAGUUAAAGCGGCUUCUAUUAAACAAGAAAUUGAGUAG